UAGUUCCGGGAACGUAGGACAGUCAGAUUCGCUGCACAUGCUAUCAAAUUGCUUACAGGUAGCCUAUGAAAGAGCGAAUGCGCAUCCCGCCUGCUGCUUUGCUAAGGACAUAGUGCGGAAGACAAGAGAUAGCCCCAGUUCAGUACUUGAGAGCACGAAGGAUCUAAUAUUGACUUUAUUUGAGGAGGAAAAUUCAAACGGAACUUUUUGGAGAGUGAGAAAUGGAAUUGGAAACGAAGGCUGAGUUUAUGCGUGUGCUCGUCACGGGCGGAUCCGGAUUGCUCGGGAAGGCCAUUGAGCACGUGGUGAAACAGGAAGGCGGCUGUCUUGAGGGCGAGCAGUGGACCUUCCUCUCGUCCAAAGAGGCCAACCUUGUAGUGAGAAAUGGAAUUGGAAACGAAGGCUGAGUUUAUGCGUGUGCUCGUCACGGGCGGAUCCGGAUUGCUCGGGAAGGCCAUUGAGCACGUGGUGAAACAGGAAGGCGGCUGUCUUGAGGGCGAGCAGUGGACCUUCCUCUCGUCCAAAGAGGCCAACCUUGUAGAUCUACAACAGACAAGAGCAGUGUUUCAGAAGCAUCGGCCCACCCAUGUCAUCCACCUGGCUGCCAAGGUGGGAGGACUCUAUCUUCACAUGAAGGAGAACCUACACUUUCUGAGGGACAACCUUCGCAUCAAUGACAACGUGCUGCAGACGUCUCACGAAAUGGGCGUCGCCAAGGUGGUGUCCUGCAUGUCCAGCUGCAUCUUUCCUGACAAGACCACAUACCCUAUCGAUGAGAGCAUGAUCCACAAUGGGCCUCCACACGACUCAAACUUUGGCUACUCACAUGCCAAAAGAAUGAUUGAUAUUCAGAACAGGGGAUACUUUGCACAGCAUGGGCGUCGCUACACCGCCGUAAUCCCCACUAACGUGUAUGGUCCCUAUGACAACUUUAACUUUGAAAAUGGUCACGUGCUCUCGGCACUCAUGCAUAAGACAUAUGCUGCUAAAAAGGAGGGAACCCCUCUAUAUGUGUGGGGCUCCGGAACACCCAGGAGGCAAUUUAUCUACUCUCUGGAUGUAGCACGUCUGUUCCUCUGGGUGCUGCGAGAGUAUGAUGAGAUUGACCCCAUCAUUCUCUCUGUGGGGGAGGAGGAGGAGCUCCCCAUCAAGGACGCUGUAGAGAUGAUUGCAGAUGCCCUGGACUUCAAAGGUCAAAUAGUUUUUGACACCAGCAAGUCAGACGGUCAGAUGAAGAAGACGGCCAGCAACGCCAAGCUGCGACGCUACCUCCCUGACUUCACCUUCACGCCACUCUCUGAAGGUAUCAAGAAGACCUGUGAUUGGUUCGUGCACAACUACGACAUAGCCCGAACAUGAAGACCAAUGAAGAUAGAGACAGUGAACUCUGAUUGUUUAAUGAAAAAGACUAGGGCUACGUCCCAAUACUACUACUGUGCCUUCCUUCUCUUGUGUCCUUGCCUUCAUCUAAACUGAUAAUGAUCUGGGGGAGGGAAUUGUACUCGGGGAGGGGUGGUCCAAAAUAGGGGAUUGUUGUCCAACUUUUUUUUUUUGCUUUGGGGAGGGUUGUGUGGUUUUCUAUUUGUCACAGAGGGGUGUGUUUUUUUUUUACCAUGGUUUACAUUCGCUCUUCUGAUGGUAUUUUCCCUAUAAUCAAUGGCUUGACUUACUUUUGAUAUUACCCUAAUAAAGUUUUUAAACAUU